AGUGCGCGGCGCGGGAGGCGGAGCCGCGCGGCCCCCGGGGUCAGCUGACCCAGAGCACGAGCUGAACCCAGAAGGCGACCCCGGCGGCGGGUGUCUGUGAGGAGAGUCCCCUGUGCCACUCACCCUCCUGGGCUGGGAGCUCCCAGGCCACCGCCAUGGUCUGGAGGAAGCUGAGCCCAAGCAACUUCUCCAGCUGCCCCAACGGCUCCCGCCAGUGGAUCUGGGAUGUGUUUGGUGAGUGUGCCUACGACGGCUGGGAUGAGGCCAGCGUGGGCCUGGGUUUGAUCUCCAUCCUCUGCUUCUCGGCUUCCACCUUCCCCCAGUUCAUCAAGGCCUGCAAGACCGGCAACAUGGACCAGGCCCUGUCCCUGUGGUUCCUCCUGGGCUGGAUCGGCGGGGACUCCUGCAACCUCAUCGGCUCUUUCCUCGCCAACCAGCUACCUCUGCAGACAUACACAGCCGUGUAUUACGUCUCGGCGGACCUGGUGAUGCUGACUCUGUACUUCUAUUACAAGUUCAAGAACCGUUCCCCUGGGUUGUCCACCCCCAUCAAUUCUGUGCUCCUGUUGGUCGCGGGGGCGGUGUGUGCUGUGCCGUUGCUGAGCAGUGCUGGGCCAGUGGCUGCCCCAACGGGGAGCUUCCAGGGACGGACACUCCUGUCUGUGGAGCCACACAUUAGGCCCUUCACCCAGCAGGAGGUCAUCGGCUUUGUGAUUGGCUCCAUCUCCAGCGUGCUCUACCUGCUGUCUCGGCUGCCCCAGAUCCGCACCAACUUCCUGCGGAAAUCCACCCAGGGCAUCUCCUACUCUCUCUUUGCCUUGGUGAUGCUGGGCAACACGCUGUAUGGGCUGAGCGUACUGCUCAAGAAUCCUGACAUGGGUGAGAGCGAGGGCAGCUAUCUGCUGCACCACCUGCCCUGGCUCGUGGGCAGCCUCGGGGUGCUGCUGCUCGACACCGUGAUCUCGGUCCAGUUCCUGGUGUACAGGAACCGCGCAGUCCCCACCGCCUGCACCACCGCCGAGCGGGAGCCCUUGCUCUCUAGCUGACCAGUUCCAGGCUGAGACAAGGAUGACCGAGACCUCCACGAGCCACACCCACAAAGGGAGAGGUGUGGGUGCUGCUGCGGCCCCAGUGGCUCUGCCCAGCCUCCUCUGGGGACUGGGUGGACUUCUAGGAGUGAGGGAGCCCCCGGGCCCUGCCAACCUGCUCCCCACAACACACUUCCCAGGAGCCAGUGUCGCUGUCCGUCAUGCCCACCUACCUCACUGUGCCUGGGUACCCUGGAGGCCCUGGCAGCUGCCCAGUGACCUGAGCCCACAUGGUCUGCGGGGCCUCCUGGCCAGGCUGCUGCUCUCAUUCCUCCCCCUGGGUGCCUGGGGCAGCAUGGGCCGGGCCCCCAGAGCAAGCCAAGUGAAGAGCACAUUCUACCAAGGCCGGAGGCUCUGCAGUAUGUGUCCCUGGGCCCCGCCAGUGGCAGGCUGCAGCCGGGUCGGGGGACGCAGCAGCGGGAAUAGCGUGAGGCGGGAGCACAGGGUGGUGGAGGGUGGCUCUUGGUCCUGCCCCUAAGCUUCGUGGUGUCCCUGGCCUCUGUGGUGCUGGUCCUAGAGUCGGUGCAAUGGGAUGACAGCACUGCCACUUCCGACGUCCAGUGAGAGGGAGCAUCCGGCUUGGGGCUACUCCAGGGCACAGAAUCACUUGGUCUGGCCCUGCCACGGCAGCCACAGGUGGAGGCUGAAAUUCAAUAAAUCUACAGCAGGCUCAUUUUUAAGUUGCUGAUUUUGCACUGCCUGCAGGUGAUGCUAGAUUCAAAUAGCCCUCAGCAGAAGAAAGCUUCCCCAGCCCUUAGUGAGGGUCACAUACAGUAGUGAGGUUAACGGAGCUGAGCCCCUAGGUUGGCAUCAUUGGUUUUGCAGUUGGAGGCAAGCAGGGGAGGCCUUCCUGGAGGAGGUGGCAGGCCAGCAGGAUGAGUGGGGAAGAUGGGUAGGGGUUAAGAUGGCAUGGCACAGACAAGAGGAAGGGGAGGUGCAGAGGUGGGCAGGGCUUAGCCUGGGCCCCAACAGGCUACGUGCCUUAGAGACACAGAGGGGGUGGUCACUCAGAGACUCCUGGGGGCAGCAGGAGCCUGCCCAGAGCAGGCUCUGGUCCUAGCCACCUGCCUGCUCGGCCUGGCCAGGCAAGGGUGUGCUGCAGAGUGUUGGCCCACUCUGCUGCUGGUUACGCCAGGUUCCCAUGUGCUGACAAGCCACAAGGGCAGGCUGUGAGGGGCGCACAGGAGGAAGAGGGGAGCCAGGGAUGGGUGCAGGGAAAAUGGCUCUCAGAGCACCUUCAGGGGUGUGGCUGAGGCCUCCAGCCGCUGCUCAGCCCUUGUCUCAGGGCUGGGGGGUGGAAGUGGGAUCUUGCCAGCUGGGCUAGCAGAACCCAGCGUGAGCCCAGAGGCUCAAGGGUCAGGCAGCGGAAGGGCCUUGGUGCACCCAUGGGGGCCCUCCCCCGAGGCUGCCUCCCCUGCUGCUCAUGGGACCAAGGAUGCCUUCUACCCCACCCCACUCUUCUGUGCUACCUCCCUGGGCUCCCUUCUUCUUGGGGUGCUCCAGGGGCCCUGCCAGCCCCUAGGCCUCAGAGGGGGCUGGGCAGUGGCCAGACCAUGGCUCCCUACAUGCUGUCUUAAUCUUACAUCAAAAAAAGCAGCAGUGACGGCUCCUGAAGAGGAUUCCAGAAGGCAGAAUGAAGCCAGGCUUGGCACACAGCAGUCAAAACUUCCAGCAUGACAGGGUGCCCAGAGCCAGGCCCAGCCUCACCCAACCUCCUAUAGUCACCCAGGGCCAAAAGCACCAGAGGGCAGAGUCUCCCACGCCAGGCUCCCACCACAGGCUCUGCACUGCACGAAGGUGGGGGGCUUGCCUCAGCCGGGAGGCAGCAGCCAGCACCCACAGGGUGACCUGGAACUGGGGGCUGCAGCGAGGGCUGGGUCCCGGGCAGCACCAGGACCUUCAGGCCGGGCAUUCGUGUGGAGGGAGAAAAGACAGGCCUGAGGCAGGAGUGGGGACCCCUGCGGCCCACCACACACCCAGCUGGUGAGGCUUCAGGUGGUCCUAAGCUUUUCUGAGGGUGAGGUGAGAGGGGGUCUCUAAGGCUCCUCCACGCGGCGGCCUAGGAGGCAGUACCAGUCUAGAAGGGGAGGCAGGCGAGAAAAACACAGCAAAGC